CCGCUGCCGCCAUGGCGUUUGUGCCCCCACCCGGGUACCAGCCCUCCUACAACCCGCCCCUGCCCUACGUGGCCCCCGUGCCCGGGGGGCUCCGGCCUGGCAUGGCCGUGUACGUGCAGGGGGUGGUGACCCCCCAGCCCGACUGGUUCCGCGUUAACCUGGCCACGGGGCCCCAGGAGGAGGCGGACGUGGCCCUGCACGUCAAUGCCCGGUUUGGGGCGGGGGUCUCGGUGCUCAACAGCCGCCGGGGGGGGCACUGGGGGGACGAGCAGAGGCGGGACCUGCACCCCCUGUGCCCGGGGGGACCCUUCGAGAUGGUCAUCAGCGUCACCCCCGAGGGGUACCGGGUCCUGGUGAACGGAACUUUCUACGAGGAGUUCCCGCACCGGCUGCCCCCGGAGCAGGUGACGGCCGUGAACGUGGACGGGGACCUGGAGCUGCACUCGGCCUCGGUGCUGGGCGGAGGGGGAGCGUUUCCCCCGCGCGUCCCGGACGCCCCCCAGGUCACCCCCAUCUACCCCGACUGUAACCUGCCGGUGAUGCAGCAGCCCCCCACCCUCCACCCGCCCGUCCCCUUCAUUGCCACCAUCCCGGGGGGGCUGAUCCCCAAAAAAACCAUCAUCAUCAAGGGCUUCGUCCCCCACCACGCCAACAGGUUCCACAUCAACCUGCGGGCGGGCCCUGGGGGGGACGUGGUGCUGCACCUGAACCCGAGGAUGGACGAGGGCGACGCCGUGGUCCGGAAUUCCUUCCUGGGGGGCGGCUGGGGCCACGAGGAGAGGGACAUCGGCUGCUGCAGCCCCUUCCAGCGCGGCCGCUACUUCGACCUGUCAAUCCGCUGUGGGAACCAUCGCUUCAAGGUGUUCGUUGAGGGGCAGCCGCUCUUCGAUUUCCACCACCGGGUGCCAGCCGGGCCCCACGUGGACGUGCUGGAGAUCGAGGGCGAUGUGGUCCUGUCCUAUGUCCAUUUCUGACCCACAAGUGUCCUGUCACUGCCCCAUAAGUGCCCUGGAACAGCCCCGUGACUGCCCUGUAAUUGCCCCAUAACUGCCCCAUAAUUGCCCCAUAAAUGUCCUCCUCAAAUGCCCCCCAA